UUGCAAUGCUGGUGGCUGCUGGGAAGAUCCGAGCAGGAAGUGGAACGCGUGAUUCAAGCACUGCCCACCACCCGCCAGGUUCUGUGGCGGCACUUGCCCCAGCCCCUGCACCUGCUGCCAUGCCUGCUUGUGGGAGUGCCAAGGCUACGGAUGGUGAGGAGGAGGAGGAUGAGGAGGAUGUGGAGUGGGAGGAAGGGGGAGUGGAGGAGGAGGGGCGGUCAGACAAAGGGGAUGUGAAGGGAGGAGGUGCUACAGAGAAGGAUGUGCAGGGAAAGGGUUCGGCAGGCCAUGCUGACGUGGACAUGGAAGCUGACGUGGAGUGGGAGAAAGCACCAGUGCAGCAGAUGAAGCAAAGCGGAACACCGCCAACCCCCCAACCAGCCCCUGCCCAUGCCUCUCCCCCUGCCAUGGGCGCUGCUGCUGCAGCGGCAUCUGCUCCCAGCCAUGCUGGUGGCGACGCUGCGGGCUCUGCUGCUGCUGAACGCAGGGGUGGCGGUGCGUGGGAGGAGCAGCAGGUGGCCGAGGCCAUCAGGCGGAGCUUACAGGACGUGGGGGGAAGGCGAGGCGAGGGGCAGAGAGAAGGAAGUGACGGGAGCAAUGAGGCCGGGAGAGACGGGAGAGACUGGAGAGACGGGAGAGACGGGAGAGACGGGAGAUGUGAGGAAGGGGAGACGAGACGGCAGGCAGGGGAGGGCGCGGUGGAGGGAGGAGAGAGGGGAGGGGAGGAGUUGGAUGAAGAGAGAGCAGCGCUGGAGGAAGAAGCGAGGAAGCUGCGUGAGGAGAUGGAGGAGGAGAAGCGAAGAGUGGAGCAGAGGGAACAAGAGGAGGGUGUGGAGGAGCAGGAGGAGCAGGAGGAGCAGGGCAUGCGAAUGGACGAGGGCGAGUGGGGGGAGGACGAGGAGGAGACGAGGAGGCGGUGGGAGGAGGAGAGCGAACAGCUGGAGAGGGAGGGCAGGCGGCUGAGGCAGCAGAAGAGGGCGAAUGAGAGGGAUGCUGCUUCAGUCACCUCGGACAUGAUGGCAGAGGUGCAGGAGCUGCUGCAGCUGUUUGGCGUGCCGUACGUGGUGGCGCCUGUGGAGGCCGAGGCGCAGUGCGCCUUCCUCUGCCGCCAGGGCCUCGUGCACGCCGUCGUCACCGACGACUGCGACGCGCUGCUCUUCGGCGCGCCCACCAUGUGGCGCCACCUGUUCAGCGAGCGGCAGUACGUGGAGGUGUACAAAGCGGAGGACGUGCGGCGGGAGCUGGGGCUGGGGAGGCGCCACCUCAUCCGCAUGGCCAUGCUGCUGGGCUGCGACUACACGCCCGGCAUCAGUGGCAUCGGCGUGGUGAACGCCAUCGAGGUGGUCCAUGCCUUCCCCGGCGCCCGCGGCUUGGCGCGCUUCAGGCAGUGGCUCGACGCCCCCCACGCCGCUGCCCUUGCCCGCCUGCUUCCCGCCCGCACUGGGGGUGCGGCGGGGGGCGAUGGAGGGGCAGGGGCGGAUGGAUGGGGAAAGGAUGACGGGUGGUGGGAGGAUGAGAGCUCGGACGAGGAGGAGGAGGAGGAGAGGGGAGAAAGGGCGGGCAGUGGGAAGAAGGAUGAAGGCGUAGGAAGUCUAGGGAAUUGGGGGAGAGAGGCAGAGAAGGGCAGGGAGAAAGGAGAGGAGAAGGGCAAGAGAGGAUCAGAGGAGGGUCGGGCGUCAAAGAGGGAGUUGGCUGAUGCACGCAGGAGAGAGUUCGAAGCAACGCAUGCCGCGGUGCGGCGCCAGUGGGUGGUGCCGGAGAGCUUCCCCAGUGCGGCGGUGGCGGCGGCCUUCAACGCCCCGCAUGUGGACCGCAGCACCGCCUCCCUCUCCUGGGACGCACCGGACCUCCCGGCCCUGCGCAACCUGUGUGUGGCGAAGCUGGGCAUGGCGCCAGACAAGGCGGAUGCGCUGCUGCUGCCAGUGGUGAAGGCAUUCAACUCGCGCCAGACGCAGCAGCGGCUGGAAGCCUUCUACUCGUUCAACCAGCGCUUUGCCAAGAUCAGGUCGCGCCGCGUGCAGCGCGCCGUCACCGGCAUCGCUGGCAGCGCCGCCCGCCACCUCAUGCUGCCGCCCUGCGGGGUCAGCGCGGCCGAAGAUGAUGCGCAGGACGCUGCCCCUGUUGCUCCCGCGCAUGCCAACGCUGCUGCUGCUGCCGGUGGUGGUGGCGAUGGUGGCGGGAGGCAGUGUGGCACGGCAGUUGGUGGUGGUGGGGCGAAUGGCACGAGGCGUGGGAAGGGGAAGAGGGCAGCUGAGGGGCUGGCUGCUGCUGCUGUGGGUGGUGAGAAAAGGGGAAGAGGGGGGAAAGGGAGAGGGAGGGGGAGGGGAGGGGGAAGAAGGGGAGGGCGUGGGGGUAGGAGGAAGGUGGCUGAGGUGGAGAAGGCAGUCGGUGAGUCGGCAUCGUCGGGUGAAUGGCAGGAGGAUCACAGUCAUGGCGGGCAUGGCGAUGGCGUGGCACAGCGGCAGGAUGCGGGGAAUGUGGAUGGUGGCGUGGGUGUGAGGGUGAGGGUGCAGCCCGGCCGUGAGGCCAAGCGACCCAAACUGCAGCUUGCAGCGUCCCCUGCUGGCUGUGCUGGUGGCGGGGUCGUGUUGAGUGACUCGGACACGAGCAGCAGUGGGAGUGAUUCUGAUGGCGAUGAUGCUGCCUUUGAUCCCAGUGACCUGCUGGCCAUUGCACUCCCUGCGUCCUCUGCUGCCCUGCACUCUCCGCCCACAGCGCGCAUGCAGCAGCAACCAAUGGCACACAGAGGGGCGCAGGGGACAGUGGGCAGAGGAGGGGGGAUGUCAGGUGCGCGUGCAGAUGGAGGGGAGGGGCAGGCAGCAGGAGUGGCAGGUGAAGGGGAUGAGAGGGAGGCAGGCAUGUGGGUGGUGCAGCGACACUCCAGCGGGGCGGAGGGGCAGCAGGAUGGCAUGCACAAGGGGCCCAAGCAUGCUCCCGGGGUGCCCCAAGAAAGGGCAACGCCCCCGUGUCUCGCAACGCGCACCCCCAUGUCUGCAGCAGCUCACAUGUCCGGCACGAGUGCGGGUGACACGGCAGCCGUGGGUGGACGGCAGGAGGCAGCAGCAUGUAGCUCUGCGCACGCGCUCAUGUAUGGCGGGGGGUUCUGUGAGGGGGAGGGAGGCGAGGCGGCAGAGGAUCUGAGGGAAGGCGGCGAAGAGGAGGAGCGGCAGUCUGGGAUGGAGCACUUGGGGGGCAGGACAGCACGCACGGGACUUGCAAAUGAUUGGGGUGUUUGCAGAGAGAUGGGGGAAGAAGGCAAGACAAACGCAUGCAUGGGCAAGUCAAAUGAGGAGGUAGCAGGAGGGAGAGAAAGGGUGGAUGCGGAGGAAGAGGUCAGACGUAUAGAUGGUGGGAUGACACCCACACCCCCUGUGCUUGGAGAGAAGCCUCACCCCACACAUGCCGCAUUGCCAGUUGACACAGGCGCCAACACUGUCGGCAUUGGGCUUCUGUUGGCCGCCCCCUUGAGGCGCAAGAAGCCUCGCAAGCUGUGAGGAGAGCGGGCGUGGCGUGGUGAGGAUGUGUUGAAUGAAUAUGUUGGGUUUCUUUGUAAAUAAAUUGGGAACUUAAGUAGCAUAAUUACUGUAUUUUGUCUGUAUACG